AUGAGUAAUUCAGGAUCUUUAAACGCACACAUCGAUCAAGGCGAUCCUGAACAGAUGUUCAGAGUGUUGGAGGUGAUUGGUCAAGGUUCGUUUGGAUUGGUAUGCACAUGUAUAAACACACAGUCGAAUAAAGUGGUGGCAAUCAAGUUCCUCGAGAUGGAACCGGACAACGAGAACAAUCAGUCGCUGAGGCGUGAGAUCACCAUCCUCAAGAACACUGCAGAGUGUCCCUAUAUAGUACAGUAUCACGGUUGCUACCUGAAAGACAACAACCUGAUGAUCGUCAUGGAGUACUGCGACGGUGGUUCCGUACUCGAUAUAAUGCAGAUGUGUCAGAUCAAGCUGAGCGAGCGUCAGAUCGCCGCCGUACUCUACAGCAUCAUCGAAGGUCUCGUCUAUCUCCACUCCAACAAGAUUCUACAUCGUGACAUCAAGGCUGGCAACGUACUACUCAACCAAGAGGGUAAGGCUAAACUCUCUGACUUUGGUGUCUCUGCAAUCCUUGUCAACACUGGUUUCAAACAGAAAACUGUUGUAGGUUCACCAUAUUGGAUGAGUCCAGAAGUGAUUUCAACACCAAAAGGAUCGAGUGGAUAUGAUUAUAAAGCGGAUAUUUGGUCGUUGGGAAUUACUGCGAUCGAGAUGGCAGAGGGUAAACCUCCACAUUUCAAUUUGAAUCCAAUCAAGGUCAUUUUUGUUAUUCCAUUCCGUCAGUCGCCAACACUGGAAACACCGGGCAACUGGUCGAAGGAGUUCAACGAUUUCAUUUCGAUAUGUCUGAAUAAAGAGGCUGACAAGCGACCGAGUGCACGCGAACUGCUGGAUCACCCGUUCAUCAAGAUGGGCAAACAGGACAAGGACGCAAUCAUUUCGGAACUCGUCACAGACUGCAUACCAAUUAUGGAGGAGUACAGGCGUCGAAAGGCAGAGGAGGAGGAGGAAGAAGAGACACACUCGCAGGGUGGCGUCGAGAAGGGUACUCUCCUAAAGAUUAACACUGUCACCAAUCGUGCCACCGUAAUGAACGGCACCGGCAACGACGGCACCUUUAUACAGCAUCCAGGCAGUGGAACUGGUACCGUUGUUUUUUCAAGAGGCAACACUGUAACAUCUGAUAACUGUAACAAUAACUACGAUGAAGACGACGAAGAGAAUGGUGGUGGCGAUUUCGAUACUGGCUCCGUUGUUUUUAAGGGAGAAACUGGAUCCAGUCUACAAGAGAAUCUAGAGAAACUGAAACUGCAAUACGAAAAACAACAACAUAAAAAUGACGAUAGUGAUAAUGAAGAUGGUGAAUUUGAUUCCGGUUCAGUAGUUUAUACAAAAGAAUAA